UGGCUAGCCUGAGUCAUGCCGCUCUCUGCCGUUGAUUGUGAAUUGGCACUUGAGGACUUGUGUGAGUGCUCGAGCGACUGGAUUAAUUACACGGGGAAGAAGUGCGACAAGGGUGAACUUCGCCCCGAUAUCCUUGAAAACCUCGAGUUAUCGUAUUUCAUUGGCCUUCAUUUGUGCCCCAUGUUCGGUUCACCCAUCCCGACCUCGUCGGCCGCCUCGACCUCAGGGGUCGGGGGCUCAGGUUCGUCCUUGUUUGGCCAUGGGCAUCGCGCUCGCCAGGGCGGGGCUCGCAAAUCCAUGGGCGGUGCUUUCACGCCCUUUAAAACCCCGCGCUCCCAUCUCAACCGCAGUGUCCGGGCCGGUGGCGGCGUGUCAUCGGCCAACACGUCGCUGGCGCCCUCGCAGAUCUUGGAGUCGUGUGAAAGCCACAGCGUUUUAGCUAGUACGGUUUCAUCGCCCGUACUUGUGACGGAGAUUCUGACCUUGGCCGAGAAACCCACCGAUGUAAGCGUAUCGCUGUCAGCCGAGGGUUGGGCUUGGUUGGUACACGGUCGUCGCUUGGUGGUGUGGCGGUAUAAGGUAGCCAGUGGUCAACGGAGCUUGAAUGCGGCUUGUCGCGAACUAACCUUGCCUGCAUCGGAUGUGGCACAUCACGCUCGAUUGAUCAACGUCUUCGCCUGGCAUGAGAAUCAGACCCCGUCGUGUUUGGCCGUCUCACCCGAAGGCCUGGUUCGAUUCUGGCCCAACAUCGCUCAUCCAAGCUCGUCCACUGAAGUGAGUGCUGACCUCCAAGGCCAAGAGUGCCAUAGCUUAACCGAUCUCCAGCCUUUGGGUUCGGUUCUGGCCACCACGACCUCGACCAUUGUCCUCGUGCACGUUCUCAAUGUGGGUGGACAGCACAAGAUCGUGUGCCGUCAACUCAAACCACCCCAUGGUCUCUUGGGAGGGAUUGGUCGACGUGUGUCCUCGUUAUUUUGGGGAGGGAUGCCCGCCACGGGUGAAGCGAAAUUGGUACGUGUUCUGACAUCAAACGUCAAGUCAGCCAGUAGCCAAGUGACCUUCGUGCUCACCACGAUGGGUUUGCAAAAGUGGAUUUUGGAGAGUGAUACUCAAGAACGACUCCUAUACGAGUGGCCCGUUCAAUCGCAAGGUGCCGAGACCUUCAUGAAGCAUUCCAUGAAAAAUGAAGAGUGUGACAUUGGGUCAUUGCGAGUCUGUACAUUGGAUAUGCAAUUCACGCCAAAGGGAGAAUUAGCCAUUUUGAUGGCUGCUAUGAACGCUCAUUCUCCUCAGCAAGUAUUCUAUGGAAUAGGUAUGGUGGAUUGCUCAACGGAAGAACAACCGACUGAAUUCAAAAAUAUCAUUGCCUUCAAACCCAGUGAUGGAUCCAAGGAUCAGAAUAUUACGUCCUUGGGCUAUAAGCUCAUGUUCCCCAACAAAAAGUAUGCCUACAUUUUCAAUAACGAGGGUAUCAUCUGUGUCCCAGCCCAAGGGGACGGGAAUGAAAAUGACUUUUUCGACUUUUCCACCGGAGGCAACGCCAUUUUGGGAGCCAAAAGUGUGGACGGAAAGCCCUACUUUUUCGCUGCCAAUCAAGGAUUGGUCCAUCUCGCCGUGAAUCAAAAUAUGAGCGUGCUUGAACCAUCGAUGACCUCGUUCAAUGAGAGUGUUUCUGGGUUUGACCCUAUGACCCCCAAGAAGCUGUCUGAAAGCAUAAACAUGUCGGCCAUCUCCCAAACUGGUCUGGAUAACCUCUCCAUUUCCGAAUCCAAAAGUGACCAGCUAAAGGCUGCAUUUUUGCUCUUCUGCAAACGAAACCUGACUAAAUCAGCGAGCAUCAUCGAGAGUUUGUUCCCUUCGGACAACAUGCGAAGCGAAAUUGACUCUUCGGUGGACAAACUGGUUCUCUCCAUUUCCAAGGAUCUCAUUGACGACUUCCCAGCAUCCGAUCCCCGAUGGAUGGAGAGCGUUCCGGCCUCCGAGGCCACUUUGGGACAGGGCACCAUGGGAGCAACGAUGUCCUUGUUGAUCCUUCAUCAGCUUGAAGACAAGCAAACUGCACUCGAGUUCUUUGUUAGUUUCCUCAAGGAAGUUGGUCUUUGGAACAAAUUGUGUGGUGUAACUAUCCGGGAAACUCCAAUCCCGACAUCUUUGGUUCUCUGCGAACAAGUUGAAAAAACCGCGGCCGCCAUAGCCCUUCGUACCAUUCACUCCGAGCAUCAAUCCUUAGUAGACAAGGCCAUUGAGCGAGUGGUUCGGCAUCGCAAGGUCGUGUUGGAAAGAGGACUUACUUCUCAAGAUCACUUUUAUCGAGAGAUUUCGCGGGUUCACGAGAUUUUUGACGGUCUUCAAGCCCUUCAAGAUGAAUUGCUUCUUUCCCAGACCCCUAGAGAGAUCGUUAAUGCUCUCAUCGCCAUCAAUACAAUUUUUCAACGAGUCCUGAAGGAUGCUCUUCAAGUGAGAGAGAAAAAGGCCCUUGAAUUUAGCCCGCCCAAGUCUCUUAUCGAGGAAAUGGAGUACAUUCCAUGGAGCUCGGCCCCGGGUCCUAAGGGUCUUCGUACUGCUCUUAUUAAUCAAGUGAAGAUCUCAAUGGAGAAAGGUCUCUCUUUGGCCGAGAAUAAGGCCACCCGAGUGGAGAUUGUAAAACAAGUUGUCCAUUUGAUUGACUUCAUCUUGGAUGGAUUCCUUUGCCAAUUGAACAAAACCAAAGAGGCUCGUCGUCCAGUCGUAUUGAAACAGUACGAGAAAAACCGAAGCGAACUCAUUUCUACUUUAGUGAGCAAAGGAUAUCUGGAAGAGGCCACCAGUUUGGCGGAGAAGUACUUGGAGUUUGUGGCUUUGAUCAAAAUCUGCGAAAUCACAAAAAAUCGCGCUCGUUUAGAUGGUUACAUGGAGGAAUUCGCAGAGCACGAUUUCUCAUCGUUCCAUUUCGAUUGGCUCGUUCGCGAAGGGAAACAAGGGAUGCUCCUCAGCCAGACGUCGAGCUCUCGUCAUGGAGAAUUGGGCAAGUUCCUAAAAGGCCAUUCCAAUAUUUCUUGGCUGCAUGAUAUUCAAAUCGGAGAUUUUGGCAAGGCUUCGUAUACCUUGGGUAAUCUUGGGAAACACGAAACUGAUCUGAUCGCCAGAAAAAAGACUAUUUUAAGUCUGGCCAAACUCGCCGCCUUGGCCUCGGAUGAGAGCGACGAAAACAUUUUGAAGUCAGUCAAUGACGUUGAAGAUCAACUCAUGGUACUGGAUGCUCAAGAGCAAUUGCCCAAAAGUGUUAUGGAUGCGUUCAAAUUUGACUCUGAAUCCAUGCACGUUCUCGCUGCCCGGGAGAUUAUUGAGUUGUACAUUGGGGAUGAGAACAUACAAGGAGAUCACAUAGACUUCAAAAAGGCUUUGGACUUAUUGGAUUUUGUCAAUGUGGUCGAUGAAGAAGAGAUGACCGCACUCAGACUUCACAUCUGGAGUAAAGCCAUUCUCAAAGAUUCAUGGGUAGACUUUGACGUCGAUAAUCCUUUGGAGGCGGUAAAGGAGACGGUUUGCUUCAAAUUGAUCGAGUUCUGUUACAUCCAAGGGGCGGAUUUAUCCACUUUGGUGCCAUCGGUUGAAGAAAUACUGAGUGCUGACGAGUUAUCCGGUUUAGCCAAAAACAGAAAUUUCCAAUUUUUACUCCAAACUGGAUACGAACAUAUAACUCGAGUGUGUCAAGAGGAGUCGGAUAAAAUGGACUCUUAACUCAUUUUUCCUCUCCAUUCAAAUAUUUUUCGACAAUAAAUUGGGCUUUGUACAGGA